AUGGAAAAGGAACAAGAUAUAAUAUCUUCUAAUAACCAAAAUGGUGCCGAGACAUCAGAAAUACCAGACAAUCAGGUUAAACUUAGUAAAAAGACUUUGGCUUUGUUAAAUGCAGAUCAAAAUCCUUCCGAGAAUGACGAUAUUCCAGUUUGGCAAAAGACUACAAUGAACCUUUUUUAUUCGAUGCUCGGCGAAGAGCCCCCAAAUUAUGUUAACCGCUCUAUUCCGCGUCAAAUUAAAGAACCUGGGCGCCCUUCAGAAGUUCAGUUAUCUGCUCCUUACAUUGAAGAACAGCGUCCUGAAAAUCCCGACUUUAUUAGGCGUAUUUCCACUCAAAUAUUUGAAGCAAAUGAGGAAAUUGAGCUCGAAGAACCUUCUACAUCUACACGGAGAAAGAAUUUGAGAGCACAGUUAGUUAAUGCUGUUAAACUGACAACCGCAAACAUAAGGUUUGCAAAGGGUGAUGGUAGACAAUUACAGGACGUUGGUGAUGGUGAUAAUUUUACAUGGUUAACUUCUGUACCGUUUUUAUGGUUCAAAAGAGAUCCUAAAGGGCAACGUCAAGACAUUUCAGGAAUCGUCAUUUUCGUUCUAUCAACUUUCAACUUAUAUUACCAUUUGAAUAUCGGAAUCCAGCCUCCCGUCAUAAUCGAUAUGCUGAGACUUGCAAUCACUGACUCUGAAAGUGAUCCGAUACACAAUUGGCAAAGCAUUUUUAGAAUCGAAUUAGCUUACGGUGAUGUUAAAUGGGUAGUAAAGCGAACUAGUUUUGAUUUUAUAACUCUUCAUGUUAAUCUGACACGAAGAUCUGAGCUUUCAAGUUUGGUACCAAAAUUUCCUUCCGGAAUUUCCAAUUGGUUCAAAACUAAGAUCUUUCACUCGCGUAAAGAUCGUCAAGAUAUAAGUCAUUCUGCCGCUCUUGAAAGGCGAAAGGAAUUAGAAAAAUAUCUCAUUAAUGUGAUGAAAAGAUUGUGGUUGCACCUUCAUAUUUCUUAUGAACUUUAUGCAUUUCUGGAACUUAGUGCGAUUUCCAUUACUAGAGAUAUGGGAUGGAAGGGUAAAGAAGGUUAUAUGGAACACAAAGUUGAACGAUUUAAACAUCCUGUUUGUUCAUUUAGAUUGGCAAACGAAAAAUGGGAACAAAGAUGGAUUUUAGUUCGCGAUUCGUAUAUUGCCUUUUGUUCACACGUUAGUUCAACGACUCCUGCGGAUGUUUUUCUUAUAGAUAAACAUUUUAAAUGUGAUAAAUUGGAACCAAAAGGACUUUCUCAGGUGUUACAAAUUCAUGAACAUAUUGAACUUAGAAAUAGUUCACGUCGAAUUGAAAUUAAAACUGAUUCACAUAGUUCAAAGGCUUUCAUGGAAAGCAUUGAUAUUAUUAAAAAGGCUUCUCCAUGGGUUAAACAACAUCGGCAUGAUGCAUUUGCUCCCAUUAGAGAGAAUGCAAGAGUUAAAUGGUAUGUCGAUGGCAAAGAUUACUUCUUUGCUGUGUCACAGGCUUUAUUGGCUGCAAAAUCAGAAAUUUAUAUUGAAGACUGGUGGCUAUCACCUGAAUUGUAUCUUCGCAGGCCACCUUCUGAAAAUGAAGAGUUUCGACUAGAUAGAUUAUUAAAAAAAAAGGCCGAAGAAGGCGUGAUGAUUUACAUUAUUGUAUAUAAAGAAGUUACUGUUGCUUUAACUUUGGAUUCUCAUCAUACCAAAUUUUACCUUCAGGGUUUGCAUAAAAAUAUUAAAGUACAAAGGCAUCCUGAUCAUGGUAUUGAAGGAGUAAUAUUCUGGGCACAUCAUGAGAAAAUGGUAGUAGUUGACAGUCGUAUAGCAUUUAUUGGUGGGUUAGAUUUAUGUUUUGGACGUUAUGAUACUCAUUCUCAUGAGCUAUCUGACUGGCCUCAAAAUACGGAUGGCCCAACUAUAUGGCCCGGUCUAGAUUAUUCAAAUCCAAGAAUAAAAGAUUUCCAAAAUG